GCCGCGCAGCUCAGGCCCGACGCUCUGGGCCGCGCCGCUCGCUCGCUGGCCCUACGACUCGGCUGCGGCUGCCAGCGGCCGCCCAGUCCGCGCCCAGCGCCGACCCGCAGGGCUCCCCGUCACCAGACCCAGCACUUCGGCUCCCCGGGUCCGGACUGAGGCCGCCAGCAGCGCCGCGGGGUGUGGGGCGGACCCAGGAGAUGAAAUGACAACGUCAACCCUCCAGAAAGCCAUUGAUCUGGUGACAAAAGCCACAGAGGAGGAUAAAGCCAAGAAUUACGAGGAGGCCCUGCGGCUGUACCAGCAUGCGGUGGAGUAUUUCCUCCACGCCAUCAAGUAUGAGGCACACAAUGACAAAGCCAAGGAGAGCAUUCGAGCCAAGUGCAUGCAGUACCUAGACCGAGCAGAGAAGCUGAAGGAUUAUCUGCGCAAUAAGGAGAAGCAUGGCAAGAAACCAGUCAAAGAGAAUCAGAGCGAGGGCAAGGGCAGCGAUAGUGACAGUGAAGGGGAUAACCCGGAGAAAAAGAAACUGCAGGAACAACUGAUGGGUGCUGUUGUCAUGGAGAAGCCCAACAUACGGUGGAACGACGUGGCAGGGCUGGAAGGGGCCAAGGAAGCCCUUAAAGAAGCCGUCAUUUUACCCAUCAAAUUCCCACAUUUGUUCACAGGCAAGCGCACCCCAUGGCGAGGGAUACUGCUCUUUGGACCCCCUGGCACGGGGAAAUCCUAUCUGGCCAAAGCCGUUGCCACAGAAGCCAACAAUUCCACCUUCUUCUCUGUGUCCUCCUCUGACCUGAUGUCAAAGUGGUUGGGUGAGAGUGAAAAGCUAGUGAAGAACCUGUUCGAGCUGGCCCGACAGCACAAGCCUUCCAUCAUCUUCAUCGACGAGGUAGAUUCUCUUUGUGGCUCCCGAAAUGAAAACGAGAGCGAGGCUGCCCGAAGGAUCAAGACAGAGUUCUUGGUCCAGAUGCAGGGGGUGGGGAAUAACAAUGAUGGAACUCUGGUUCUUGGCGCUACAAAUAUCCCCUGGGUGUUGGAUUCAGCCAUUAGAAGGAGGUUUGAAAAACGAAUUUACAUUCCGUUGCCAGAGGAAGCUGCUCGUGCCCAGAUGUUCCGGUUACAUCUGGGGAGCACUCCCCACAACCUCACAGAUGCCAACAUCCAUGAGCUAGCCCGGAAGACAGAAGGCUACUCUGGCGCAGACAUCAGCAUCAUCGUGCGAGACUCCCUCAUGCAGCCUGUUAGAAAAGUACAGUCAGCAACACACUUCAAGAAGGUCUGUGGCCCUUCUCGCACGAACCCUAGCGUUAUGAUCGAUGACCUCCUAACCCCAUGCUCACCAGGGGACCCUGGGGCUGUGGAAAUGACGUGGAUGGAUGUCCCCGGGGACAAACUCUUAGAGCCCGUGGUUUGCAUGUCGGACAUGCUCCGCUCUUUGGCCACCACUCGGCCCACCGUGAAUGCAGAGGACCUGCUCAAAGUGAAGAAAUUCUCAGAGGACUUCGGCCAGGAGAGCUAAAACUUCUUCACUGGGGUGAUGGUGAAGGGGGUUCCACGGUACUCUCCGUGCAGUGGCCAGAUGGGCUGUGGGCUCAUCCCAGUCACUGCAGCACCCCCUCUGCCACCCGCCACCCAGGAGCAGGAAGGGCCUCGGGCCUCGGGCCGCUCUGCCCCGCCUCCUGCCCCUUGUGCUCAAGGUGGACUCUGGCUCUCCCCUCUUCCUCCCACCCUUUCCUGGAUGCUCACCAACUCUCCCUGCCCAUGCGUCGACUUUUAACUUUUUUUUGUUCCCCUAAAUUAAUGCUGCUUGAACUUCUCUGUUUAUAAAUCAAAUCACGAGGACACAGCAAGGAGUGGGAGUGGCUGUGUUUGUGGGUGGUGUGGCAGAGCCCCCUGGCCAGCAGCCACUGCCUCUGCUCCUUGCACUCAUUUGCCUCAUUGAAGACACCGGCUGAAGCCCCCGGGUCCCCAGGCCAAGCUUUGCCUGCAGAGCCCGACAGUCAGGAGAGCCAUCUUCACCCGCUCCCCCCUGCCCCUUGGCAUCCAGAGCUCCAUGUCUUCCUCACAGGGGGAGAUGGUUUCUGUGAGCACAAAAUGUUGCCAUCAGAAGGUGCAAAGGCAGGUGGGUAGGCGGGCAGUCUACUGCUGCCUUGAACUCCUCUGGGUGUGAGAGCCUGAACACAGUGCUGCCCUGGGUCCCUCCCCUGGAAAUGGUCUAAUAAAUCCUUUUCCCUUCUUGA